AACAAUUUUGUCAUAGAAGACUUUCCUCUACCCGCUUCUUUCACUAGAAAUGGUUCAUCCAUAUCUCAAUCCUUCACUCUUAUCCCAACACCUCCACCAAGAAAGUUUUUUGAUGACCCAAUAAAGAAUUUUAAACCAAAAAAAACUUCUUCCCCACCCUCAAAAGCUAUGAACACUGGGAACACCUCUCAAAAACCAACAGUAUUAACUGUUGGAGCUCUAGAAACCUUACAAUACCUCAUUACCAAACCCUUGAGCUCCACCCCAAAAUCCCAUCAGCAACAUCCCAACAUCACUUUAAAAAGAAACACCCAAAAUAAUCUUCCACAGAAACCAUUCCCAUUUUCUUUCAGCACCCCCCUCGGACUUCUAGUCACUGAAAAUGAAACCACAAUGGAAAAAUGUGCAGCAGAUCCCAACAUGAAAAUUGGGUUAGCCAAUCUAGAAGACUUGAACCAAGUUGAGGAGGAGGAGGAGGAGGAGGAGGAUAUUCUAGUAGAUGAUGAUGCAGAAGAUGAGAAUAUUGAUCUUGAGCUCACCAAAAAUCAAGUGGAACCAGAAAUCCUUGUUACGCAAAGAGCAAGAUACGUGGUGGUAAAGAAAUCUACAGCUGACAAAGGUAAAGGAAAGAUGAAGGAAGUUAUGAAGAAUUGCAUAACUCGCAAAACUGCAGGAAGUACAUCCAUAAGAAUCAAUGAGUCAAACCAAUUAUUGAGGAAGCCAGUAACUGAACCAACCACAGCCAACCCAUCCCAAUACAAGAUGCCCCAUCAGAUGAUGAUAACACCAUCCAUUCCACAAAAAAUCCACCACCUCCAGUUCGAGAAUUCCAUAGAGUCACUGAGGAAGGUGUACAUAUGCGGAGGAAGAGCCUAGCAGUCGCAAAUAUGACGUGUAAGUUGCAACAAGAAGCCAAAGAUCGUUCACAGAAUAAGCAAAUGGAGGUAAUAAACAAAUCCAUACAGAUGAACAUGGAGCAACAACAGGAGGAUGGGCUUGCCAAAGAGCAGUGAGCUCUCUACAACAAAGUGCAAUGGUGGGGAUCAUUGAAGCUCUCAAAUGGCAUCAACAUAACAGGUACAUGACCUGCUACAUUGAAGUUGCUGACUCGAAGCUGAUGAAGAUCUUGAGGACUAAAUGGAGAACCCCCCAACAAACAACCCACAUUUUGCAGCUUGAAGAUAACAUUGCUCUUUUUAUUUAUUUUCGGAAAUUUAAUUGUAAUUCCCUGAGCCAGGAAUGGAAGACUAAACUCCAUGUCAUGGCCACAACUUAUGCCUCUUCCUCU